GCCCCCUCCCCAUUUACGCGCAGACACACAUUUGCCGCUGUCUUCACACACACACGCACACACCGCGCACACACAUGCAAGUAAGUCCGGUCACUUGGAAAUUUCCCUGCCAGAAGACGGAUGCUAUUUGGCCGCUAAAGCAGCGGAAAGUGUCCGCCAACGUGCGUCCUGCGAUGCGCCAGUGGAGCUCGUGAAGGUGUGAAGAUCAGCACACACAAGCAAGGCGCCCCUUUCACCUUUCAGCAGUAAGGUAUAGCUUGCAACCCGCUGCCAUCCAAGAUGGUGGUGCUAUCACUGAAAAUAUGCGUUCGCCACUGCAACGUGGUGAAGACCAUGCAGUUCGAGCCGUCCACGGCCGUCUACGACGCCUGCAGGAUCAUCCGAGAGAGAGUUCCUGAGGCUCAAACCGGACAGGCUUCAGAUUAUGGCCUCUUUCUGUCUGAUGAAGACCCCAGAAAAGGCAUCUGGUUGGAAUCCGGCAGGACGCUAGACUACUACAUGCUCCGUAAUGGGGACAUUCUCGAAUACAAGAAGAAGCAGAAGCCACAGAAAAUCAAAAUGCUAGAUGGGGCCGUAAAAACCAUCAUGGUGGAUGACUCUAAAACAGUCGGCGAGCUGCUUGUGACGAUAUGCAGUAGAAUAGGUAUCACUAACUACGAGGAAUACUCGCUGAUUCAGGAGAUGGUGGAGGAGAAGAAAGACGACGGUAUGGGCACGCUGAAGAAAGAUAGAACGCUGCUGCGUGACGAGAGGAAGAUGGAGAAGCUGAAAGCCAAACUGCAUACAGAUGACGACUUGAACUGGCUGGACCACAGCAGGACUUUCAGGGAGCAAGGCGUGGACGAGAACGAGACGCUUCUGCUACGACGCAAGUUCUUCUACUCAGACCAAAAUGUGGAUUCCCGUGACCCGGUCCAGCUGAACCUUCUUUACGUGCAGGCUCGAGAUGACAUCCUCAAUGGUUCGCACCCCGUGUCAUUCGACAAGGCGGGCGAGUUUGGCGGGAUUCAGGCCCAGAUCCAGUUUGGACCUUUCAUAGAGCACAAACACAAACCUGGAUUCUUAGACUUGAAGGAGUUUUUACCCAAAGAGUACAUAAAGCAAAGAGGAUCAGAGAAGAAAAUAUUCCAGGAGCACAAAAAUUGCGGAGAAAUGACCGAGAUUGAAGCUAAAGUGAAAUAUGUCAAACUGGCAAGAUCUCUGAGGACAUAUGGAGUGUCUUUCUUCUUGGUCAAGGAAAAGAUGAAGAGCAAGAACAAGCUGGUACCACGCCUUCUGGGCAUCACCAAAGAGUCUGUGAUGAGAGUGGAUGAGAAGACCAAAGACGUGGUGCAAGAGUGGCCGCUCACCACUGUCAAGAGGUGGGCCGCCUCGCCCAAGAGCUUCACACUGGACUUCGGGGAGUACCAGGAGAGCUACUACUCUGUUCAGACCACCGAAGGGGAGCAGAUCUCUCAGCUUAUUGCGGGUUACAUCGACAUCAUCCUCAAAAAGAAACAAAGCAAGGAUCGUUUUGGAAUGGAAGGCGACGAGGAAGCAACCAUGCUUGAGGAAUCUGUCUCGCCUAAAAAGUCCACUAUCCUCCAGCAGCAGUUUAACCGCGUGGGACGGGCGGAGCACGGCUCGGUGGCGCUUCCCGGGGUGAUUCGAUCGGGUUCCAUCGGCACCGAGUCGCUCAGUAUGGGAAGCAUGCCGUCUCCUCAGCAGCAGAUCACAAUGGGUCAGAUGCACCGUGGACAUAUGCCACCGCUGAGCUCAGCCCAGCAAGCUCUAAUGGGAACCAUCAAUACCAGUAUGCAAGCUGUGCAGAAGGCACAGAUAGACUUGGGGGAGGUGGACAACUUGCCUCCACUCGGACAGGACAUGGCCUCCAAAGUGUGGAUCCAAAACAAGAUGGAUGAAUCCAAACAUGAGAUUCACUCUCAGGUUGAUGCCAUCACUGCAGGAACCGCCUCUGUCGUCAACCUCACAGCCGGCGACCCAACCGACACGGAUUACACCGCAGUGGGCUGCGCCAUCACCACCAUCUCCUCCAACCUGACGGAGAUGUCCAAGGGGGUUAAACUGUUAGCUGCUCUCAUGGAGGACGAGGUGGGCGGCGGUAACGACUUGAUGAAGGCUGCCAGGACGCUAGCGGGAGCCGUGUCUGACCUGCUCAAGGCCGUGGAGCCGGCAUCUGGAGAGCCAAGACAGACUGUGUUGACAGCAGCAGGCAGCAUCGGCCAGGCCAGCGGAGACCUCCUUCGACAGAUUGGAGAGAACGAAACAGAUGAGAGGUUCCAGGAUGUCCUUAUGAACCUGGCCAAAGCAGUGGCCAACGCUGCAGCCAUGUUGGUCCUGAAGGCCAAGAACGUGGCCCAGGUCGCCGAGGACACUGUCCUCCAAAACCGAGUCAUUGCCGCCGCCACCCAGUGUGCCCUAUCCACCUCCCAGCUGGUGGCGUGUGCCAAGGUGGUGAGUCCCACCAUCAGCUCCCCGGUUUGCCAGGAACAGCUCGUUGAAGCUGGGAAGCUGGUGGACCGCUCUGUGGAGAGCUGUGUCCAAGCCUGCCUCUCUGCUACGGAGGACGGAGAGCUCCUCAAACAGGUGAGUGCGGCGGCCAGCGUGGUGAGUCAGGCUCUGGAAGAUCUCCUGCAACACGUCCGCCAAUACACCUCCAGGGGAGAGCCUAUUGGCCGCUACGACCAGGCCACUGACACCAUCAUGACCGUCACUGAGAGUAUCUUCAGCUCCAUGGGAGAUGCAGGAGAGAUGGUCCGUCAGGCCCGUGUGCUGGCUCAGGCCACAUCAGACCUGGUGAACGCUAUGAGGUCUGACGCAGAAGCUGAAAUUGACGUGGACAACUCCAAGAAGUUGCUGGCAGCUGCUAAGUUGUUGGCUGACGCCACUGCGAGGAUGGUGGAGGCAGCAAAGGGUGCAGCAGCGUAUCCCGAGAACGAGGAUCAGCAGCAGCGACUGAGGGAGGCCGCGGAGGGUUUACGUGUGGCCACCAACGCCGCAGCUCAGAAUGCCAUCAAGAAGAAGUUGAUCAACAGACUGGAGAAUGCUGCCAAACAAGGUGCGGCCGCAGCCACCCAAACCAUUGCUGCUGCUCAGAAUGCUGCCGCGUCCAACAAGAACACCGCCGCUCACCAGCAGUUGGUCCAAAGCUGCAAGGCAGUGGCUGACCACAUCCCUCAGCUGGUCCAGGGGGUGCGAAGCAGUCAGGCCAAACCGGACGACCUCAGUGCGCAACUUGCCCUCAUUAUUGCCAGCCAGAACUUCCUACAGCCCGGUAGUAAGAUGGUGACCUCGGCCAAGUCAUCUGUUCCCACGGUGACGGAUCAGGCUGCUGCCAUGCAACUGGGUCAGUGUGCCAAGAACCUGGCCACCUGUCUGGCCGAGCUGAGGACGGCCGCACAGAAGGCUCAUGAAGCUUGUGGCCCCAUGGAGAUCGACUCCGCCCUCACUGCCAUCCAGACGCUGAGAAGUGAGCUGCAGGACGCCAGACUGGCUGCCGGUAACUUGCAGCUGAAACCUCUACCUGGAGAAUCGUUGGAGAAAUGUGCUCAAGAGCUAGGCAGCACAUCCAAGUCGGUUGGGUCCUCCAUGGCUCAGCUUCUCACCUGUGCUGCACAAGGCAAUGAACACUACACAGGCAUAGCAGCAAGGGAAACAGCCCAGGCCUUGAAGGCUCUGGCCCAGGCAGCCCGUGGAGUGGCCGCGUCCACCGCUGACCCCAAAGCUGCCACCGCCAUGCUGGAUUCGGCUCGUGAUGUCAUGGAGGGUUCGGCGCUUCUCAUUCAUGAAGCCAAACAGGCGCUGAUCUCGCCUGGAGAUGCGGAGAGUCAGCAGAGGUUGGCACAGGUGGCCAAGGCUGUAUCUCAUUCCUUGAACAACUGUGUCAACUGUUUGCCCGGUCAGAAGGACGUGGACAUGGCUCUCAGGAGCAUCGGUGAGGCCAGCAAGAAGCUCCUGAUUGAAAGCAUCCCCCCGGCUUCCAAGACCUUUCAGGAGGCGCAGAGCGAGCUCAAUCAAACGGCGGCCGACCUGAACCAAUCUGCCGGCGAGGUGGUCCACGCUUCUCGAGGCUCCAGCAGCCAGCUGGCGGUGGCAUCUGGGAAGUUCAGCGAAGAUUUUGAUGAGUUUCUGGACGCUGGCAUUGAGAUGGCUGGGCAUACUCAGAAAAGGGACGACCAGAUGCAGGUCAUCGGCAACCUGAAGAACAUCUCCAUGGCCUCCAGUAAGCUCCUGCUGGCCGCCAAGAGUCUGUCAGUGGAUCCCGCAGCAGCAAACGCCAAGAACCUGCUAGCCGCCGCUGCAAGAGCUGUGACCGACAGCAUCAACCAGCUGAUCACGCUGUGCACUCAGCAGGCGCCUGGCCAGAAGGAGUGCGAUAACGCCCUCAGAGAGCUCGAGGCUGUUCGAGGAAUGCUGGACAACCCCAACGAACCCAUCAACGACCUCUCUUACUUUGACUGCAUCGAGAGUGUCAUGGAAAACUCCAAGGUCUUGGGCGAGUCCAUGGCGGGAAUUUCCCAGAACUGCAAGACGGGAGAUGUUGCGUCAUUUGGAGACUGCGUAGGAUCGGCGUCCAAAGCUCUGUGUGGGCUCACAGAAGCUGCUGGACAGGCCUCCUACUUGGUGGGUGUGUCGGACCCCAACAGUCAGGCCGGUCACCAGGGUUUGGUGGACCCCAUCCAGUUUGCUAAGGCCAACCAGGCUAUCCAGAUGGCCUGUCAGAAUCUCAUCGACCCUGAGAGUAGCCCCUCUCAGGUCCUUUCGGCAGCCACCAUCGUUGCAAAGCACACAUCAGCGCUCUGCAACUCCUGCCGCUUGGCUUCCUCAAAGACCACCAACCCAGUUGCCAAACGACACUUUGUCCAGUCUGCUAAGGAGGUCGCCAACACCACUGCCAACCUGGUUAAAACCAUUAAGGCUCUCGAUGGAGACUUCUCAAAUGAAAACAGGAACAGGUGUCGAGUGGCCACAGCUCCGCUCAUCGAAGCGGUAGAAAACUUGACAACAUUUGCAUCCAACCCUGAGUUUGCCAGCAUCCCCGCUCAAAUCAGCCACGAGGGCUCGGAAGCUCAAGAGCCGAUUCUCCAGUCUGCUCGCUCCAUGCUGGACAGCUCCACGUACCUGCUGAAGACCGCACGCUCUUUGGUUAUUAACCCUAAAGACCCACCCACAUGGUCUGUUUUGGCUGGUCACUCCCGCACCGUCUCCGACUCCAUCAAGAGUCUCAUCACUGCCAUACGGGACAAGGCCCCAGGCCAGCGGGAGUGCGACUCAUCCAUCGAUAACGUCAACAAAUGUAUCCGUGACAUUGAGCAGGCCUCUCUGGCUGCGGUCAGCCAGAACCUACCCAGCAGGGAUGACAUCUCACUGGAGGCCCUGCAAGAACAGCUGACAUCCUCCGUGCAAGAAAUUGGCCACUUAAUCGACCCUGUUUCCACCGCUGCCAGAGGCGAAGCUUCCCAACUAGGACACAAGGUGACACAACUGGCCCGCUACUUUGAACCGCUGAUCAAAGCCGCGGUGGGCGUGGCAUCCAAGCUGAAUGACCACCAGCAGCAGAUGACCUUCCUGGAUCAGACCAAGACCCUGGCGGAGUCCGCCUUGCAGAUGCUCUACGCUGCCAAGGAGGGAGGAGGAAACCCAAAGGCGUCCCACACGCAUGACGCCAUCGCCGAGGCAUGCCAGCUCAUGAAGGAGGCAGUGGAUGACAUCAUGGUGACGCUGAACGAGGCCGCCAGUGAAGUCGGCAUGGUGGGAGGUAUGGUGGAUUCCAUCGCAGAAGCCAUGGCAAAGCUGGAUGAGGGAACGCCUCUUGAACCCGAGGGCUCCUUCGUGGACUACCAGACCAGUAUGGUGAAACACUCCAAGGCUAUUGCCGUCACUGCUCAGGAAAUGAUGACCAAAUCGGUGACGUGUCCAGACGAGCUGGGGGGUCUGGCCUCUCAGGUGACCGUGGACUUCAGCCAGCUGGCCGUACAGGGACGAAUGGCCGCAUACACGGCCGAGCCAGAAGAGAUUGGUUUCCAGAUUAAAACCAGAGUUCAGGACCUGGGACACGGAUGCAUCUUCUUGGUCCAGAAGGCCGGAGCACUGCAGAUUACUCCUACUGACAGCUUCACCAAACGAGAGCUUAUCGACUGUGCUCGUACCGUCACAGAGAAGGUGUCCUUGGUGCUGUCAGCCCUCCAGGCAGGCAACAAGGGCACGCAGGCCUGCAUCACAGCGGCCAGCGCCGUGUCGGGCAUCAUCGCAGAUCUGGACACCACAAUUAUGUUCGCCUCCGCCGGCACGCUCAACGCAGAGAAUGACGAGUCCUUUGCCGACCACAGAGAAAACAUUUUAAAGACAGCCAAGGCUCUGGUGGAGGACACAAAGAUGUUGGUGUCUGGAGCCGCUUCCGGCCAGGACAAAUUGGCUCAGGCGGCUCAGUCUUCUGCCAAAACCAUCACCCAGCUCACUGAUGUGGUCAAACUGGGAGCCGCCAGCAUCGGCUCUGAUGAUCCAGAGACACAGGUGGUUCUGAUAAAUGCUAUCAAAGAUGUUGCCAAGGCGUUGGCAGAGCUCAUUAGUGCCACAAAGUGUGCCGCCGGCAAAGCAGCAGACGACCCGUCCAUGUAUCAGCUGAAGAGCGCCGCCAAGGUCAUGGUGACCAACGUGACGUCCCUGCUAAAAACAGUCAAGGCCGUAGAGGACGAGGCCACACGAGGCACCAGAGCGCUGGAGGCCACCAUUGAGUGCAUCAAACAGGAAAUGGCGUUAUUCCAGUCCAGGGACCCUCCUAGCAAAACAACCACACCUGAAGAAUUCAUCCGCAUAACCAAGGGUAUCACCAUGGCGACGGCUAAAGCAGUGGCUGCUGGGAAUUCGGCCCGACAGGAGGACAUCAUCCAUACGGCCAACCUGAGUCGUAAGGCCAUUUCGGACAUGCUCGCCAGCUGCAAGCAAGCGGCGUAUCACCCCGAUGUCAACGAGGAGGUGAAGAACAGGGCGCUGAGAUUUGGAUCAGAGUGUACGACUGGAUAUAUUGAUCUACUGGAGCAAGUACUCUUGGUGUUGCAGAGGCCCACUCCUGAGCAGAAGCAGCAGCUGGCAGUGUGUUCAAAACGAGUGGCCGGAGCCGUCACUGAACUCAUCCAGUCUGCUGAAGCCAUGAAAGGUUCUGAGUGGGUGGACCCAGAGGACCCCACUGUGAUCGCUGAGACGGAGUUGCUGGGGGCGGCGGCGUCCAUUGAGGCGGCAGCUAAGAAGCUGGAGCAGCUCAAACCUCGAGCCAAGCCAAAGCUGGCGGAUGAGACGUUAAACUUUGAGGAGCAGAUCCUGGAGGCGGCCAAGUCCAUCGCUGCCGCCACCAGCGCCUUAGUCAAGUCCGCCUCCGCCGCCCAAAGAGAGCUGGUGGCUCAGGGCAAAGUGGGAUCCAUCCCGGCCAAUGCCGUAGACGACGGACAGUGGUCUCAAGGUCUCAUCUCGGCUGCACGCAUGGUGGCGGCGGCCACUAGCAAUCUGUGUGAGGCUGCUAACGCAUCCGUGCAAGGCCACGCCAGCGAGGAAAAACUCAUCUCUUCGGCCAAGCAGGUAGCGGCCUCCACUGCACAGCUGCUGGUGGCCUGCAAGGUGAAGGCUGACCAAGACUCUGAGGCUAUGAGGAGACUGCAGAUUGCUGGCAACGCAGUGAAAAAGGCGUCCGACAACCUGGUGAGAGCUGCUCAAAAGGCAGCGUUUGACAAAGCAGAUGAAGACAACGUGGUGGUCAAGACCAAGUUUGUGGGCGGCAUCGCACAGAUCAUCGCGGCCCAGGAGGAGAUGCUGAGGAAGGAGAGGGAACUGGAGGAAGCCAGGAAGAAGCUGGCUCAGAUCCGCCAGCAGCAGUACAAGUUCCUGCCCAGUGAGCUGCGUGAGGACAACAACUAAAGAAGGACAAUCACCUCAUCCUUGAAAUGGAUGUCUUUUAUGUCUCAGCUGCUGUGUCACUGACCCAUUUUGGAACCAAUCAGUCUCACAUGACGAGGAGGUCUUAAACGGUGACUUUUGGAGGGGAAAAAACAACAUGAAGCACGUGACCCACUUGGGUCAACGUCAACUUAAAACCUGUUUACCUAUCUGGGAGCGUACGUAUAUUGUACAGUACAUAGAAGACGCUCCCAUAUUGUUUGAAUGUGUUGCAACACCGUUCAUGAAAAUUCACACAGAAGAUGGUUGAACAUAUUUGUUGGACCAGGCUGUAAAUGUGAAUCAUGGACUUUAUCUUGGGACUUACCGUGAUGUAUUAGGAGAUCCGCAUGUCUUUGUCCUUGAAUUAUUGAGUGUGCCGUGCCGAUACAUUUCUGCACAGGUGACUUCUUACUCACCGUGGAAGGAAUAUUUAUUAUUAUUUUAAGGAUAUAUUUCGCAGAUGUGAUUACAGAAGGAAGGAAAAUCUAACUGCCAGGCUCUCUGUUAGGGAUGGAAUUUGAUGCAAUAACAAGGAUGGUGCUGUAGAGGGCGGUGUUGGUGUCCUAAUGUAAUAAUAAUAAUAAUAAUAAUAAUAAUAAACAAUGCAAGCUUUGUUUAUUUUUGUUGCUGCCAUCAAAUCAAAUUGGCUGCUAAAUAGAAAUACCCCGAGUUCUAUAUAUCGAUCUUUAUUUUUAACACAACGGUGCGGCUUUAUGAAUACAUUACCUGCACAAGAGGAGCCGUUUGUUUACCAAAUGUGAUUGUAUCUGCCUUACUUUAACAGCCUGUGUUACAUUAUUACUGUACCUGUAAAGUGUAUGGUAAAGUUUGUGCAUGGGUAAAGAUGCAUCGUAACAUAGAAUAGAGACAUCCACGUAACUUUAAAAUGAGCAUUUAACGAUUGCAAGGUUUUGUAUUGUGUGUGUGUGUGUGUGUGUGUGUGUGUGUGUGUGUGUGUGCUCAUCCGUCUGAUGUGUAGUGUUAUUAUUAUUAGUGCCUUAGUCCGUAGCCUAGCCAGUGUCUACAUGGAUGCGUAGGAGUGACAGCUCCACAUCAACUUAAUCCACAAACACGUUUAAGGAAUCUCAUUUGUUGUUGUUGUCGUUGGGUGUUGACGUCCUACAAGUGCUCUAGUUAACUGCAAUUUCAUGUUCCAUCUCAUUUUAGGGAUGAGAGCACUGGUUCGGAACAUUUUUAUGACACUUCUCAUUCAAUCGGACACAGUUAAAGUCUUUUUUGGGGGCGUGAGAGUUUAAGUUCACUGCAUUUUCAUGAGGUUUCUUGCUCAUUCAGGGCAUGAGAGCAGUGGGUUAAUUCAUUUAUUAUGACAUAUAAGGUCUACAUGAUACAUGAUAUCGCUGUUUGUCUCAUGAGGUGCUUUAGGUGAGUGAUAGUACUCUUUCAUCAUCUCAGUACCAGUAUGAGACUUCUCAUUCAUUCUGACACAAUUAAGGCCUUUUAGGGGUAUGAUAGUGUUUGUUUGCUGAAUUUUCAUGAGGUUCACGUUCACUCUGAUGCUUUUAAGGCCUGGUAGGAGUGGUAAUACUACAUUUUCAUCAUGCUUAUUCAUUUAAGGUGGUUUCGGGUAUGAGAGUACCGGUUCACUGGAUUUAAACAAUGUUUGUGAGAUCCUCAUAGUGAGUGAUAGUCGUCUGUUAUGACAUGUUUAAAGCCUUUAUGAGGCAUGAGAAUAGUGGUUGGCUGCACCCAUUCAUUCUGACACACGUAAGGCCUUUGUAAGGAUUAGAAAAGUAGAACGCUACAUUUUCAUAAUGUUUCAUUCAACCUUGGAUUUUCUUUUAGGGUAUGAGAGUGCUGGUUCACUGCAGUUUCUCGUCAAUGAAAGGCAUUUCUAAUGGAUAACACGACCAGUUCUGUGCAUUUUCAUGAGAUUUUUCAUUUAUUCUGACACAUUUGACGCGUUUGGGGGAAAAACAGUGGUCUCUGGUGUGCACCAUGAAACUACAACAAAUUGAGUACCGUAUUUUCCGGACUAUAAGUCGCACUUUUUUUUUCAUAGGUUGGCUGUUCCUGCCAUUUAUACUCCAGAGCGACUUAUAAAUGAAAAAAACUGGACACAUUUUCUGUUUAUGAUUAUUUUUCAUGUAGCUGUGUUAGCAUACCUUACACCUAUUCAGCCUGUUCUCUAUUCUUUUAUUGUUAGAAUUUGCCUUUCAAGAUGACGUAAUGUCUGUUUUGGUCAAGUAGUUUGGAAUAUAAAUUACCCACAAAAAAUGCGACUUAUACUCCAUGUAUGUUUUUUCCUACCUAAUUAAUAAUAAUAAUACAUUUUAGUUAUAUAGCGCUUUUCAAAAUACUCAGACACUUUACAGAAGAAUGGAGUUGAAUAAAAGCAAGUAAACAGAGUAGAAGACACACCAAAAUACAACAUUAAUUUGUUAAUACACAGUUAAAACCUGAGAAAAAGCAAAAAAGGGGCACAGCAGUCAGAUAUAAAUAGUUAAACAUUAAAAACAGAUUUAAAAAGAGGUGGGUUUUUAGUUGUUUUUUGAAACUGGGAAGGUCAAAGUGACUAUGCAUUUUUGGUCUUGUGUGACUUAUACUCCGGAGCGACUUAUAGUCCAGAAAAUACGGUAUUUGUGUCCAUCAGCUUCCUUUUUCUCAUCCUCUGAUCCCUUCCCGCCCUUUAAGAAACUUAGAAACGUGAAUGUGACAUGACCAUUUCUGUCCCUGUUAAGCUGUUGUGACACAAAUGGAAGUGUUCUGUACACUAAGCGGAUAGUCAAAGAUUAGUGAUAGCGUAUAUAAGAUAUUUAUCCGGCCACGAUAAAACUAUUUUUUGUAUUUACUGGAAAUAAAGCAUUUCAUUGUGUCUC